AAACACUGAUUUUGUGAUUUUGUUAAAUAUGUUUUUUGUAUCCGGUUUUCCUUUGAUUUUUUGUUUGCUGAGAGCUUCCUUUUAUUUGUGAACACAUUGUUAGCUCAUGAUUUUGAGGUUAAAAAAUUGAUGCUUUAACGAAGUUCAAUCACUAUGUUGUGAGCACUAGAAUUAAUUUUAUUUUCAGUCAUCAAACUUCCCCGUAUCCCUCUUAAUGAAAUUUGUACAAAUACCUUUCAUCAAAUUUAUGCAGUUCCUAGCUCUACAUUUUAUAUGAAGUUUUAUUGAACAUGAUGUUUCAGUUUCAAAUUGUGACACCUGUGUUACUUAGCCAACAGAUCCAUGGUUGUUCAAACUUUUUUCUUUAUGCUUGUUAUUUCAUCUGUUUGAAACUCAAUAAAAGCCACUGUUUUUGCUCUUCUUUAAGGGAAAAAAUGUUGAACAUGAGUCCAAUUUCAUUUCUUUUUGUAUUAUUUAUUAACUUCACAUGAUUUUGAAUUUCUCUAUUAGGCAAGUAUCUGCUCUUCAUCACUGUUCUUAAUAUUGGUAUAUCUUGAUACUGCUCUCCUUUUAUUUAUGGUAUCUUGCUACUGGUUAUAUAUCCUAGAACCAUUUGAUCUUUAUUUUGUUGCAGUAUAUUGUUUGAUUGUAAUGGAAAUAGUCAUAAUGAUAAUUAGUCUUGAGAUUUUUGAGAGGCAGAUAUCGUCAAAGGUAAAAUAAAAUUUUUAAAGUGUCAAAAAUUAAUAUAUAAGUUAAAAACUUUUUAUAUUUAAAUUAAAAACCGAUUUUUUUAAAAAUCAGUUUUUAGAUAAAAAGUACAAAAAAAAAACUAGUUUAUUGGUUUGAUCAUUUAAAACCAGCUUGGUUUAGGGUUUGUUUGGGUGAGUUUGAGUUUAUGCAAAAAAGAUCUUUUUUCAAGUGAUUUUUUUUAAAAGAUCUUAUAAAAAAGUAAAAGUAAUUUUAUGUUUGGAUAUUUCAUGUAAAAAUAUCUUUUUAUCUAACAAUAUAAAAAUACUUUUUUUGUUUAUUUAUUAUGUUAACAUCUUUUCUUUUAUGUAAAAAGAAUCUUUUAAGAAAAUGUAAAUUGUAACUUCUAAAAAAAGAUUUUUCUUUCUUAAAUUUUUCUGGCGCUCUUACUUUUACUACUAAAAUUUUUAUAACAAUUUAAUGGCACCCAAACCAGCAAACCAAAUUUCUAGUUAACCAAAUUUUUGGUUUCUUGGUUAACUUUAACCAUAUGCACUAUGCAGCUCUAGUCCCAAUUGCUUACAUUAGAUUUGCCUUCUGAACCCAGAGUGUCUGUUAACCUAAACUCGAUUUUUCGAGGAGGAGAGAAUUGUAGCUGAAAAUAAAUAAGUUGUUGGCCAGCAAUUCUUCGAUUAUGGAUGAUACAAUAUAUACGUCAGACAAAUCUUCUGCUCCCUCGCUGAACCCUUCGCGGACGAUUUGUCAUGUAUGUCAGAAGCAAUUUUCACAGUACACUUGUCCUAGAUGCAAUUCGCGAUACUGUUCUCUCCAUUGUUACAAAUCUCAUAGUCUCUGUUGUACGGAAUCCUUCAUGAGAGAAAAUGUAGUUCAGGAGCUUCAGCAGAUCCAGCCUGAUGAACAAACCAAACAUAAAAUGUUAGACAUACUGAAAAGAUUUCAUUCAGAAGAGGAAAUGGAUGAUAGCAUAGAUGACAAUGAGGAUUAUUCAACACUAUCUGAGGGCAUAGUGCAGAAAUUUUUGUCUGGACAAGAAAUCAGUUUUGAUGACUUAUCUGUUGAAGAGAAGAAAAGAUUUCAAAGAGCUAUUGCCUCUGGUGAAUUGAGCAAGAUGAUCAAACCUUGGGAACCAUGGUGGUCAAAACUUUCUGCCAGAAAAAUCCGUCUUAGUAAGGAAGGAACUCAACUUGUUCAACCACUUGCAGAGGAGGAGCUGGAAGAUGAUAUUGAAAAUCAUGAUUCCUCCAAAAUUCCUCUUGGUCCGGAAACUCCACUUCCUCCUGUAAGCAGGCUUAGUUCUAAGGAGCCGUCGCCCAUUUUAACGGUUCACCUAGUCGAUAUCUUAUAUAGCUACUGCUUCACUCUCCGCCUAUACAACGGAGAUUGGAGGUCAGACCCGUUAGGAUCUGUUUUGGUUGUAUUCAGCGUGUCGUCAGUGUUGGGUCAAGGUGGUCUGCCAGAGACUCUACUGGAAGCUCUCUCUCAUUGCUUGCAACAGAUAUGCUCUCCGACGUUCCGUCACAUGGGCGGGUUGCAAUUCGGUUUUGGUGUUAUUGAUGAUGUGAUCAGCCUGCUCGAAUUAGGAAGUUCUGCCUUGAUUUGUGCCCUCUGCGAUAUGCAUCGAUUGGUUCAAGAAGCGGGGAAGGUGGCCAAAUCAGAAAAGCCAAGAAAUUCAAGGAAAGAUGAGAUUAGAAGUACUAUUCGGCAUGCAGAAAGAAAGAUUUAUUUCAUCAUGUGUUGGGUUCAUGAACAGCCUCCGGAAGCAUGGUCUUCUUUAGCAGACAUUGUAAGAACAGAAAAGGCAUCAGUCAUGGAAUCUCAGUGGAGUGGUAAAGGUCAAAAGUUAAACAACAAAGCAGAAACCAAAGGGAAAUGUUUAAUUGAAGAGAUUAAUGAUUAACCAGUUACUUAAUGCUUGUUUGCAUGGCAGUUAUAAACAUGCUUUUAUAUAUACAUAUUUGAGAAUGAUGCAUCCUGAAAACAAAUUUUCGAUACUUACAAUUUAGUAAAGAAAUUAGGUAGAUUAAUCAUACGUUAAGUCGUUAACUACUGUAUAUCAUCAUAUAAUCUAUGGAACUAUGUAUGUUAUAUUCUUAUGUAUAUUGAGUAACUUUAUAUGC